AUGCCAAACCAACCAUGGAAAUGUAUGGGCCUUUAUAUAAUUUCAUGUCUGUUGGAUGCCGUAGAUGGCAAUGCUGCUAGAUAUUUUCAACAAUGUAGUAAGUUCGGUGCGGUUUUAGAUAUGGUAACUGACAGAUCAACAACUUCUUGCCUAUUGUGUUUCCUUGCUACUAAAUAUCCUUCUUGGACAAUUUUAUUUCAAUUAUUGAUUUCUUUGGACCUUAGCAGUCAUUAUAUGCACAUCUACAGUUCAUUGACAUCUGGUUCUUCGAGCCAUAAACAUAUCGAUAAGUCUUCAAAUUUUAUUUUGCACUCGUACUAUUCUGAUAAUAGAGUCCUUUUUAUCUUUUGUGCAUUAAACGAAUUGUUCUUUGUUGCAUUAUAUCUCUUAUCAUUUGAUCAUGAAGAUCCAUGGUUUAAUAUUACAAUUAAAUUGAUUGCUUUCAUAUCUUUUCCUAUUUGUGCGGGAAAACAAAUAAUUAACGUAAUUCAAUUAACUCGUGCUAGUCAAACCUUAGCUAGUAUUGAUCUCGCCGAACGAAAAAUGAACAAUUGA